GUCACAGGAGGCGGGCUCUGCUGGCGGCCGGAAGUUGAGCGGCAGCGCGUCGCCGAGCCGAGUGAAGGCCGCGGGUUGUCAUGGGGUCCAGGGCGUCCAGCCUGCUCCGGGAGGAGGAGAUCGAGGACAUCAAGAAGGAGACGGGCUUCUCUCACAGCCAGAUUACACGCCUGUACAGCAGAUUCACCAGCCUUGACAAGGGAGAGAAUGGUACUCUCAGCCGUGAAGAUUUUCAACGGAUUCCUGAGCUGGCCAUUAACCCUUUGGGAGACAGAAUAAUCAAUGCCUUCUUCCCAGAAAAUGAAGACCAAGUGAAUUUCCGAGGCUUUAUGCGGACACUUGCCCAUUUCCGGCCCAUCGAGGAUAGCGACAGAAACAAAGACCCUCGUGUGCCUGAGCCCCUCAACAGCAGGAAUAACAAGCUGCUCUUUGCUUUCAGGCUGUAUGAUCUUGACAAGGAUGAUAAGAUCUCUCGAGAAGAGCUCCUGCAGGUCCUUCGCAUGAUGGUGGGAGUUAACAUAUCUGACGAGCAGCUGGGGAGCAUUGCAGACCGGACCAUUCAAGAGGCGGAUCAGGAUGGCGAUAAUUCAAUCUCCUUCAUGGAGUUUCAGAAGGUGUUGGAGAAGGUUGAUGUUGAGCAGAAGAUGAGCAUUCGUUUCCUUCACUGAAUCCUCUUCACCGUGACUCAGCAGGCGAGCUCUCCACUCAGACUCUGUCAGCCUCUGACCUCACCGUGUUACCUGAUUAUGUAGAGAAGUUUGUCAAUUGCACAGGAGAGUGCCAGUCAUUUCAUUGGUUUCCCCAUUCCUGCGCAGUUGUGGGAAUCGUUACUCAGUGUGGCGAUUCCUGGGUCCCACCAGUUAGUUGUCAGUGUGGCACAUUUCACCUGGCUACCACCGAGCAGCCAGCUGCAGGACAGACAGACUGAGUAAUCUUGCUGGUGGGGCAGUGCUGUACCUUCAAGAGAUGAUUAGCAGAGGAAACCAGUCUGGCACGAGGAGGUCCAUGACUCUCGUGUAUUGCACUGUUCCAGUGCUUCCUAGAAUGGACUGUUCUCUGAUUUGAACUCUAAGACUGAGCGGGUGGCAAUCAGGUGCUUUUAAAUUGUAUUUGCUGUUUUUUUUUCUGAUUGGGGUUAUUGAUUAUGGGGUAUUUAUUAAUCCAGUGUUGUAUAAAUUGUGGUUUUUAGGAUAUUUGCUAUUACUUGUUUCUUAGUUUGCCCAUUCUGGUUGUGAUGUGACCAGGCCAGUUUUCUCUAACAGUGCCCAUUCCCCAGCACAAGAACAAGGGUUGUCCUGGUGUUGGGAAAAUACAAUACUGUUGAUCCUUUGAGACCAGGCCUCUAUAUUUCUCCAUGUAUCCUACUAAUUUGGGACAACUCUAAGUAUGCUCCCCAACACCUGUGGACCUCGAGCUCUCCCCCACUUUUGCUGGACAUUGGUGAAAAUUCCUGCCAAUGUUUGUCAGCUGCUGCAGCCUGGUCAGGUUCCUGUAUGUCAGUGUUGUUUAUUAUUGUUGCUUGUGAAGAGGUCGCCCUUCCUUAUCUCAAUAGCGAGAUGUUCCAGUGAACACUAAAUGUGACUCUGUGCCUCUUGCUUCUGUGAAACCAGUACUUCAAUGUGCAGUGUAGAAUUGUAGUGAGGCUGUGGUUGGAGCCCCUCUCUAUUUAGCUCCACUCGCUUUUGACGCACUGCCCCUCCAGCCUCCACGCUGAUACUGGUAAUGUCAUUACCAGCUGUUAAUUAACAAAAUGACACAUUGCACUCUGUUUAUAUUUAACUCUUGCUGUUGUGCAUGCUUGACUACUUAUUCCACCUUGCAGCAACGCGCACAUUAAGGUGGUAUGGAUGCCAUCACAGAAACAAUAACUGGGAGGCUGGGCUGGGACUACCCAGCAUACUGGAAGUUAAACCAGUUACAUGAUUUGAUUUAUUUUGCUUUCAAGUGCUCGGAUAAUUCAGAACCCUAAUUUUGCCAAGCAGCACACUACAGGUUCCUGGACUUUGUUGCAGAACCAAGUGAUAAACUCACCAGUAUUUAACUUAGUAUCAGAUCUUCAGACUGGGGUUCAAUCAGUCAUUGUUUCUCAGGUCUGCCCUGCUUCUGUGGUUCAUUCUUUCUUUCUGAGCCUGAAUGUCUCAUCCCGUUUGAGUUUGCCUUUUAUUUGGAUACUUUUGAGUCAGUUCUUGUAUGCUCCACUGCAGGAACUGAUGUAGCACGAGAAACUGCGUACAAAAUGACUGGCCAGAUACCUUCACUUGCAUCAUGUUGUGUUUUCCUCCCCCCACCCCUAGACACAAGUGGGAAGGUGAUGAUUUCCCAAGUCCUCCCUUACAAAGAUUGAUAGGGAACUGAAUGUGUCAUGCAAACUGUUGAGUGGGUGUAACUUGCUCUGAUACUGGAUAGAAUGACAUUGUCCUUUCCUGAAUUCUGCCUUCACUUUCUUCCCUAUGAGAAGAAUAUCUGUACAUUUCAUGAAUAAAACAUUGAAUUGUUCCUUCA